AAGGGUCUCAGGGUCUGUCACUAUUGCCAUCUCAGCACAGGGCACUUCUCGGAGCAUCAAGCCAGGAGAAACCCCACUGAGAAUGGGUACUUCGCCUUGCGUUCCAGAUUUACUCAACUCUCCGAGAAACUGAUUGCAGCAAUAACUCUGAUUGGUCCACACCUUCUUGUAGAAUUUGUAGCUUCUACACUGACCCUGGGCUUGACAAUGAGAAAUGAUUUGACCAAUGAAAGACAACCUAAUGUGAAGCAAGCCCAGAUUUGAAACAUGCGUGUGCACUGGACUUGCCCUCUUGCUUCUCCUGGACCCCUGCUGGAGGAUGAAAGGCCACACGGAGCCGACGUCAGCUGUCCCAUUUGGGGUCAUCUUAGCUGCAUGCGUGUCAAUCUGGCAUCUGACCAUAGAGACAUGAACUGAAAUCAGCCACACCUGACUCGAACCAGAACUAUCCAGCUGAGCACAGCCUAACUUGCCAAACUCUCAGGAAUUUGAGCUAAAUAAAUUCCACAAAUGGUGGUUGUCUUAAGCUACCAGGAUUUGAGAUGGUUAGCAAAAGGAGAUUUUAGUAGGCUUAUUUUUAUUAUUGGCCAAUGAAAAGACUUAAGACACAGGUUACAGAGAAAACAAGAAGUAUGAGAUUGACAACCUGAGAAGGAUUAGAAUGGAAUCUAAACAUGUUGUGACUUAAGUGGACAGCCGUACCCUUAAAAGGAAAGAGGAACUAUAAUCCAGUGGUUAACAGAACGGCUUCCCCGCCGCGCUCUCUAGACCUGAAUUCCAGUCCUAGCGUUCUCUCCGGGGGAACUCAGAAAUAUACCCUGUGGAAAAAAUAUAAACAGCUGCUCAGGCUACUGGUUCUCCCAACUACUGGACCAUAAGAGAUUUAGCACACAAUGGGGCAAGAAGAACCACAAAAUAAUCGAGGAGGCGGCCAGCACCCCCGGCUGAUCCCUUGGGCCAUGGCUACUGUUCUCAUCUCACUUCUAAGUGCCUGUUUUAUUGCAAAUUGUGUGGUGACUUAUCACAACAUUCUACGCUGUGAGAGAGUCUCGGGGGUGUUCAAGCCACCAAAGUACUACCCAAGGCUGACAUGUGUCGCAGAGAAAUCAGCACUGAAAGGGGAGGGAGCCUGGCAUUGCUGCCCUGCUGGCUGGAGAGCCUUCCAGUCCAGCUGCUACAUUCCACUUACCGACAACAAGACGUGGGCUCAGAGCGAAAGGAACUGUAUAGGAUUGGGGGCUCACCUGGCCGCCGUCAGCACAGAAGCUGAGCAGAACUUUAUUACUCAAUUUUUGGAUAAACGGUUUUCCUAUUUCCUGGGACUCACAGAUGAGAACCUUGAAGGCCAGUGGCAUUGGGUGGACAAGACACCAUUCAACCCACAGAUGGUAUUCUGGCAUGAAGGUGAACCCAGCAAAUCUCAGAGAGAAGACUGUGUUGUCCUUGUUAAUGACCAAGACAAAUGGGCCUGGAAAGUUGUUUCUUGUAACGUUGAGACAAGUAGGAUUUGCAAGAUACCUGGAAAGGAUUCAGGUAUCUCCUGUGAAGGAGUCCUUGUGAUGAGGACAGGAAAGAAGAACCAAUUAGUCUACGGCAGGAUGUUCGUGUGUCACUGGAACGGAGACAACGUUCUGGGUCAUAGAACAUUUGCAGCCGUGAUGGCCGUAUUUACUUUUGUUUAAUUCAUUCAAGAUAAUGUGUUUUCGUGUAAGUAAUCAUUUUUUAGAUCAUUUUUUUCUACGAGGAUCAGUUUUAUCAACUUUGCUUUCUUGAGAGUAUUUCAAGGUAUUUACUUUUCAAUUGGCGUGCAAUGAUUACGUACCUAAGAGGGCUUGAAUGGUGCAGUCGCCAAGUCAUUGUUUCCUCUGCCCCCGUUCUCAGCUCUUAAAAUUCAAAGGUGGACUAUUUCAAGUGGUAGUGGUGUACCGUUUUUUUUUAAACCCAAAUAUCACAAACCCUUUAAAGGUUUUAAACAUUUUUAUUGUCUGAUGCUUCAUUUCAGACUUUUUAGUAGUUAUCAGUCAUUAGAUUGACAUCCCAUGAGCAAAAUACUUUCGUAACAGCAGGAUAGAAUAGUUGGAAUUAUGGUAUGGCCCAGGUAAAAAACAAAAUCUAUUUGCCUUUCAAAAAAUGUACUUCCUACUCCACUCUAAAUGUCUUCCCAGAGCAGGGGGUCUCAAGCUGACAAUUUCCUUUUGAGUGGAAAAGUUCCUUACAGGCCACCGUAGCUCCUCCAGUUGUAUAGAAGAGGGAAUGAAACCCUUGGGAAGCCAAAGGGCUCUCCUUCUCUUGGCUAGCUCAUGAUAGAAACAGGAUUAUGGCUUAGAUGUAUCUUUCAUAGCAGGUGAAAUGUAUUCACUUUGACAUUAGGGGAAAGUCACUGGGGGUGACAUGGCCUCUUGGCCAACUGAUAGAUAAUAGCUCUUAUUUAUUCAUGUAACAUCAUAUUAGUGUUUCUAUACUUUUAAUUGGAAUCAGAAAAAAAAAUCUUCAACCCAUUUAGGUGAAUUGUUAGCAUGUUUCUUUAGAGCUAUAAAGCUAUGGUUUAAACUAGCAAGGAAGUCCUUUUCACAAACUGAAGUUACGCUUUUGUGAUGUAUGUGGUGUUAAUUGUGAUGCAGUCACAUCCAACAUCAACAAAAUAUGGUGGUUCUUUCUUAAAAUUUUCAGUUUGCUGAUGUUUCCUGCAUCUAAGCUAAAAAAAAUUGCAAGUGACAACUUUUUAACCUAACUUCCUUACCACUGUCUUCAAAAAACAAUACUUAUUUUUUAUAAAUUAGUGAUUUUCUGAGUUUGGAAUAUUAAUGUUUGAUUGGUUGUGUGUGUAUGUGUAUGUAUUUAAAGCAGCACCAAGUGACUUUGUGUUUGCCAUAAACUACACAGCACAAAUCUAUAAAACUUGUUGAAAUAAAUUUAUGUAAAUGAUA